AUGUGGCAGACGUACGCAGAAAACGAAAGAAUAAUUUUUUGUCACGUCUGUGUACUGGCAGCUGGCCGCUCUGAAAAUAAGAAGGAAAACGGCUGCGGUCAAGGCGAGAGACGCCGCGCUUCCUGCGGUUUCGCUCAACCGGCGGAGAGACUUCCUGUGCGCUCGUCGCUGUACUGGGACUGUUCUGCGUGCGACGCGCGCUGCGUCUGUCGCCACGUCAGUCAGCCUCGACAGCCGACGACGCGUCCAGCGGGCGUAGCUGCGUCGCCGCUGGCUCUGCUGGCAUCGAACGGGGCCUCCGUGCUGGACUGCGUCUGCAGCCACGUCGGCCGCAGGGGGCGCCCUCGCGGUGAGGGAGAGAGAGGUGUUUUCCUGCAGCUGUCAGCGCAGGGAAGUCACUGGACGUUGCAGGACCUCGACACGCCUUGCAUCGCGGUGCCGGUUGUGGCGCGCCUCGCACAGAGUAGCUGGAGACACGGACCACCGUGGCCUGCUGAGGGAGACAAGCAGCCCAGAGACGAGGAGGGGCGCGGCGGCGCCCCGGUGGCUGUUCGCGGCAUCAUCUGGACCUCUGGCAGGGGACUCAGCGGUGGCCUCGCGUGCCUUGUCGCUGCCGACUGCACCAACCCCUGCUCCGUGCACGGCUGCGGCCGACGUGCCAGCAGACGCAGUCCAGCAUGGAGGCCCCGUUCGAUGCCAGCAGAGCCAGCGGCGACGCAGCUACGCCCGCUGGACGCGUCGUCGGCUGUCGAGGCUGACUGAGGUGGCGACACACGCAGUGCGCGUCGCACGGAGAACAGUCCCAGUACAGCGACGAGCGUACCGGAAGUCUUUCCGCAGGAUGAAUAAACCACCGGAUCUCAGCCUCAUUCAUUUUUCCUUUCAGAAUGACCUGCUGCCAACACACAGUCGUAACAGAAAAUUAUUCGUUAGUUUUACGUGUACUUAUACUCUACGCUUUCAGAACGACAACGACUUCAACUAAAAGUUUUGUGGACCAUGUCCAGAAAUUCUGGUUUACUAUUCCGGCACCAAAAUCGUGAGGCCAGCCCUUCCUUCGCAUGAGCCGAAGGAUUAGGACCACUGCCCAGCGCGAGACAGAAUGCCAGCAGGAGGGGCUGUGGGAACGUGACGCGCUAAGGAGUGUGCCGAGUCGCGGCAGAGAAGAAUGUGGAGUAAUUCUAGAAACGGCCAGGGCUGCAAAGUGGGAAAACAGUUGACACAUGCGACUCUGACAAAGCACAGAGUGUUAUUAGCCGAUGCAUGGGAAUGAAACUGGUUGGAGGACAGAGAAACCACAGGAAGGAGACAAGGUGUCGGUAGGGGACGCCUUUUCGCAGGUUGUGGAGGUCAAAACCUUGCCCGCUCUGUAGUGCAGGAUUGGCGGUGAUCUGUGGCCAACCUGACGGCAGAGCACAACCCUGGUGCUGACGACCCUUACCUGUUACCGUGGUGGCACGACGAGAUCGUCAGCUGCGACUGCAGAGAGUACACCGAGUUUGAACAGUAGAUCAAUGGAGACCCGUCUCCAGAUAAACAGAUUUGUUUGAUACACCAGAUCGGUGGUCGUGUUGCUGAUACGCCAUCAUCGACGCGAGCAGCUGCAGCAGACCCCAGACGUGAGUCGGUGGGGAAAGUGUUAUGCUGUGUGGGACAUCCAUCUGGGCGUCCUCGAGACCUGUGGCAGUGUUUCAAGGCAUCAUCAAAGCUGUUUACUUGGGCAACAUUACUGCAGACCACCAGCACCCACUCAUGAGUGGUGUUUCGUUAACACCAAUACCAUCUUCCAGCCGAACAACUGUCUAUGCACAAUGCUGAAAUUGUCCUAUAGUGAUUUCUCUGCUCUCAUCCCGAUGCUUCGCAUCUCUGAAGCUAUUGGGUCUCAGGCCAACCCCCACAAAUAACUGGCCCAUAAUUUACAGUUAUUGCGUGACCUGUGCGCAUAUGUCUGCUGCUGUACACCUCCGUAAACCCACCGUGGGUUUGUCGAAAACAUGCCAUCCUGAAUGCCGGCUGUAUUGCAUUCCACAGAUCGACCAACACGCCAUGUGUCUCAUACAUUUACACAUGGUCAAAAUAUUUGAUCGGCUUGCUUACGAUUUCGUGGGAUUUGGAUUCUAUAACACCAACACUUCAUGCUACUCAUCAUUUUCACUAGUUCAUAAAUAAUGUUUUAUUUCUAUUUUCCACAUAAUUUGUUAAUAUUCACGUUAACUUGUAAUUUAGCAUUUAAUAUGUACAUUUUCUGUAUGUGAACUGUGACAUAUUGUAUAGUGUAUAUAUUAUUCGUCCGUUUUGUUACAGUCCUAGAUACAUUUUUUUUUCUCAAACUGAAUGAAUAGAUGCGAGUUGCUGUUUUUUUUAGUUGUACGAUACCAUUUUUGUUUUCAUUUGUGCAGUACCUCAUUUUUUGCACAUGAACAUGGGUUUUCAUUGUACUCAUCCAGUAUCUCUGGUUUUUAUCCUAUGUCCCAUUUAUAAGAAUAUUCGGUAUGCUUUCUAUGUAAAAGUAUGGGCAGCCUAGAAAUACAGCAAAGCUGGUAAUAUUAACGAACGAAAAUGAAUGAGAUGUGACAUCUCGUAAACUGAAAACAAUUUAAUGAAAUAAAUUAUUGCAAGAACUCUAAUUUCGUUGAGACCAUCACAAAAUCACAGAGAAUAUUUUGUUUUAGUGACUGAAGAUAUACACUGAAGAGCCAAAGAAACUUGUACACCCGACAAAUACAUCGUGUAGGGCCCCCGCGAGCACACACAAGUGCGGCAGCAAGGCGUGGCAUGGCCUAGACUAAUGUGAGGAGUAGUGGUGGAGGGAACUCAAAUCAUGAAUCCUGCAGCGCAGUCGAUAAAUCCGUAAGAAUACGAGGGGAGGGGGGGGGGGAGAUCUCUUCUGAACAGCACGUUGCAAGGCAUCCCAGAUAUGCUCAAUAAUGUUCGUGUCUGGGUAGUCUGGUGGCCAGCGGAACUGUCCAAAGUCAGAAGAGUGUUCCUGAAGCCACUCUGUAGCAAUUCUGGAUGUGUAAGAUGUCACAUUGUCCUGUUGGAAUUGCCCAGGAAUGCACAAUAGGCAUGAAUGGAUGCAGGUGAUCAUUCAGGACGCUUGCAUAUGUGUCACCUGCCAGAGUCGUAUCUAGACGUGUCAGGGGUCCCAUAUCACUCCAGCUGGACACGCUCUAAACAAUUACAGAACCUUCACCACCUUUAACAGUCCUCUGCUGGCAUGCAGAGUCCAUGAAUUGAUGAGGUGGUCACCAUACCCGUACACGUCCAUCCGCUCGAUACAAUCUGAAACGGGACUCAUCCGAUUAGGCAACACGUUUCCAGUCAUCAACAGUCCAACGUCGGAGUUGAAGGGCCCAGGUGAGGUGUAAAGCUUUGUGUUGUGAAGUGGAAAAGGGUACAAGAGCGGGCCUUCGGCUCCGAAAGCCCGUAUCGAUGAUGUUUCGUUGAAUGUUUCGCACGCUGACACUUGUUGAUGGUCCAGCACUGAAAUCUGCAGCAGUUGGCGGAAGGGUUACACUUCUGUCACUCUGAAUUAUUAUCUUGAGUCGUCGUUGGUCCCGUUCUUGCAGGAUCUUUUAGCGGCCCCAGGGAUGUCGGAGAUUUGAUAUUUUACCGGAUUCGUGACAUUCACGGUACACUCGUGAAAUGGUCGUACGGCAGAAUCCCCGCCUCAUCGCUACCUCGGGGAUGCUUUGUACCAUCGCUCGUGCACCGACUAUAACACCACGUUGAGACUCAUUUGAACCUUGAUAACCUGCCACUGUAUCAGCAGUAACCGAUCUAACAACUGCGUCAAAACUUGAGUUAUACAGGCGUUCCCGACCGCAGCGCCGUAUUCUGCCGGUUUACAAACAAAUACCUCUGUAUUUGAAUACGCUAGCGCAUACCGGUUUCUUUGGCGCUUCAGUGUAUAUUGGUAUAGGGGGAAACAUUGUUCUCCGAAAUAUGUUACGAGAUUAUUAAUUUAUACACUGCACACGUUGGAUUCACAAAUUAUACAGCGAAGUAUGUUAUACUAUAUACUACGUUAUACAGGGCUAUACUAUUCGAUAAAACCGUUGGAAUAGACUGUUCAACGUGGAUGACCUAUAACUGUGAAGUGAAACUACAUAAUAUAUUUAUAUUUCAAAUCACAAUCCCAGUAGUUAUUGGUAACUAUCUUAUAGAUUUAAUAAAGCAUCCAACAUCUGACCACAGAAAAGUUUUAAAUAUUUCUUGGCUAAAAAACAUGGCAUUACCAGCUGGAGACGAUUACAGAAUGGAUCGCUGCUCGAUCCCUGAACAGCUCUUUUUAGGUUGUAAGGUGGUCAUGUCAUUUUGAGUUUUUUGUGUUGUCGAUGUGCAUGCCAGAGAGAGAGAGAGAGAGAGCAUGUUACGUUACUGUUAAGCAAUCUGUGCUCCUGUCGUGGUGCGGUCUUUGCCUCUGCGCAGUCUGAUUCAUUCUUAGUUGAAGUGUGGUAGUUGAUGGACGUGUUCAGUGGUGCUGCGUCGACUUGUGAUGGAGUCUGUUAGAUGAAGGAAGAACGAUUGUAAAGGACAGCAAGGGUGAAUAUGAUGUAUAUGUUGGUAAAUCAUUGUUCACUUUGUUAAGCAUGGUACUGUUCAGACCAAUGUUAUGUGUACAGACGACGCGAGAUUUUACUCUAUCUUUUUGAAUAAACACUUCUCUAAAAUC